AUGAAUAUAAUAAAUGAAAUACUGCUCCCACCAGGUUUCAGAUUCCAUCCAACGGAUCAAGAACUCAUCGUUCAUUACUUGAGGAAGAAGGUCUCUUCUUCCCAAACUCCCCUUCUAUCUAUCAUAGCAGACAUCGACCUCUACAAGUUCAAUCCAUGGGAUCUCCCUGGCAAGGCUUUCUUUGGGGAGAGCGAGUGGUUCUUCUUCACCCCAAGAGAUCGGAAAUACCCAAACGGGGGCCGACCGAAUAGAGCGGCUGCAUCUGGCUAUUGGAAAGCCACUGGUACGGAUAAACCAAUCCUGGUAUCCGGUGGGUCACAGUGUCUCGGAGUGAAGAAAGGUCUGAUCUUUUAUAGAGGCCGCCCUCCGAGAGGAAUCAAAACUGACUGGCUGAUGCAUGAAUAUAGACUCCUAGACAACAACAACAACGCUGGCUCACAAAAGCUCAAGGGUUCCAUGAGAUUGGAUGAUUGGGUCCUUUGCCGAGUUCGCCGUAAGAACAACAUACCAUUACAAAUUACAGAGAAUUAUGAGAAUUACCAACCUUGCUCCGUUUCCCUCGAUAAUCAAAGCAUGGAGAAGCAGCUUGCGAGAAAGAGAGAAGAUUUCUUUGAAGGGAUCGAUUAUCGAGUGCUGGCCGACCUCAUGGUUUCACAAGAUCGGGUACCUCAUAUAUGUGAUAGCACAAGCUACCAAGGGCUCACGAAAGUCUCAAAUCCGAACGUUGUUUCACAUGGAGAUGACAAUGGCCCACAACCCCAGCUCAUUUCCUCCGUCCAGAAUAUACCGGAUUCGAUCAGGUGGACACUCUCUUUGGGUGGUUUAGAUGAUCUUGUGAUGUCCCCACCACCCACUAAGAGAUUGAAUAUUAGUGGAAACAUGAAAGAACAAUCUCCCACUGAUUCAACCUCCAUAGCCUCUUGCUUUUCGGAUUUCAUCACCUAG